AUGAAGGUUAUUAUGGUAACGCUGUUGUUGGCCGCCGUCGCCCUGUCCGCCGCCGAAGCCGGAGCAAUCAACUACUACCACUCUGCCCCAGCAUUAGUACCGGCACCAGCAUACUACGCCGCCCCGGCACCAGCUUUGGUCAGGACCCCGAGCUUGGACAGCGCCGUGGUGCACUCUGAACGCGUCGGAGGCAACUUCGCGUACAGCUCCGUCGAGGGACACGCGUACACCGCCCUCUCGCCGGUCGUACACCCUGCCCCAGUGGCCAUCGCCUACAAGGCCCAGCCACUCGUCGCCCCGUACCCCGUCGUCCACGCCGCCCCGUACCCAGCCGUCUACGCUCCGGCCAAGUCCUUCUACUACGCUCACUAA